AUGUCUUCCACCCCAGCAACGCAACCAUUCCGCUUCCUAGAUUUGCCCGGAGAGAUCAGAAACAACAUCUACGACCUCUUACUCUGCUCUUGGGAAGAUGAACUCGAGCAAGACCCAAGCAUGAUCAGCAAGUUGAGCCGACGCAGCCCAAGUAACCCUUCAUCAUCACUUCUUCGCGCCAAUAAGCAAAUUUACGCUGAAGCGUCAGACUACAUGAUUAAGCGCAACCAAUUCGUCCGCAUCACCUGCCGAGGUCUGGACUCCCGGAACUUGUUCCUCGGCGAAGGAAUUCCAGUAAUCACAACCGAUGCACGCAAAGUCAGCCUAUUCAAUGGCCACGUCAUGCACAUUACGCUUUCCAAGCCCGCAUUUACGCCAUCUACAUUUCAGUUUUCAGAGUUUGAGAUCAUGAUGCUCCGAUCUGACUUGCCGAAGUUGUGCGAACAGCUGGACAUUGAGAGUGUAAUGGCGGAUGCGAACUCGACCACAAGCGAGCACGCCUCUAUCAACGCAACCGUCAGGCUCAACUAUGCGCAAACUCGUUUCUUUACCCCAAAGAUCCAAGAAAGCCUCCUAGAGCCUAUUGCGACUUCCCUACGCGGCGUGCCCAACCUCGGAAUCUCUGGUUUUGUUGAUCAAGCCCUUGCAGUGAGCGUGAAAAACCAGGUCGCGCAGCCCCGCUGGACGGAGCCCGACGCGACAAUCGAGGAGAUCGGCACCGGUGUCGAUGUUGGCAAGCGCCAAUGGCAGCAAAGCAACUUUUACUCUGCUUCGGAAUCCUGGGCAUACGCGAUGCGCACUCUUGAACGCAUGCGCCACAGUUCAUCCUGGCUCGGUCUGCAGAAGACUGGUGGAGAGGAGUUUGUGAACAAAAUCGCCGAUCUCUACUUCACCCUCAACCUCUUCCACGCCCAGUUCCUACAGGUCGAUAUGGCCAACGAUCAAUCGCAAGGACCUCUUGUGCAGCGCAACGGCCGCGUUGCAAUUCAGCAUCUGCGCAAAUGCGAGACUGCGGCUGCACGUUUCGCGCAGCACGCCGGCGCUACUUGGACGCCGAGCAAUCAGCAGUCGGCUAAGAUGCUGUUCCGUCACGCGAGGUGCUUGAGGCUGAUGCGCGACUCCACCAACAGCGUUAGAGCUGUUACCCUGAUUGAGGAAGCUGCAGCGCUUGCACCCACCGACAUUGCAAUCCGAGAUGAGAAAGAUGCAGUAUUGGCAUGGGAGGCUGAGCUUGAAGAGGCGCGCCACUUGCUAGCAGAGCAAAGUCAAGCAUCGCACGAUGAGAGGAGGUCAGUGUGGGCAUCGAUCUGGGACGCAGUCACCGAGUUGGCAUCUUGA